AUGCUGACUGAAUUCCGGCUGAUGUCCAUCAUUGCUACAACACAGCUGCGGCGGCCCUCGACCGGCCGAUCUGAAUCGGGUGGCGUGCCAGAAGAUCUCGUCGAUUAUUUUUCUGUUGAGAAGAAUCUUUUAGAGUUUCAGAAUACCGUUAAGGAUAUCGCCAUGAUUUUCGACAAGGAGAAACGCGAGAUCAAACUUAAUUCUUUUGGGUCGAUCUCACUCAAAAAGGCUGUCGUCCUUAGCGAGAUGUACUUUAGAGACGUACGUCUGAAAAACCAGCUGCGCGCCCGAGCUGAAGAGGCUGAACGUAUGCUGCAGCAUGGCGGUCAGCGUAACGAUCGAGAUUCUCCAUUCAUAGACGAGUUCGAGGUUGCUGCCGAUCUGAUGGGACUGGCUAUUGGUACACAUGGUUCAAAUAUACAAAGAGCCCGCAAUGUCGAAGAUGUUGACGAUAUUCAAGUAUUUGAAGGUGGCGGCGAUGGGCAACCCUGUAUCAUUAAGUUACCGCUGCGUUGUCUUGAUGUGGGCUUGUUUAGUAUUGUUAAGAUUGUUGAUAGCCCACAUUACUAUGUGCAGCUAGCAUGA